AUGUUGUCAACUCUCCUGGUAGUUCUAGCCUCGGCUGCCACCAUGGCGCGUGGCCAAUACACACCUACAAUUAAUCCGGACUCGGUAGACUUAUCUGAUCGCGAAAGCUGGUGCAAUGCCCAAAUAUCAUCAUGCCCUAUUCUCUGCCUACAGAUGCCCAACACAACUGGAGCUCUGAUCAACAGCUGCUCACCUAAAACCCUCUACUAUGUGUGUGAAUGCAGUAACGGCCUCUCUCCGAACGCCUCGCAAUACUCCCAGACCAUGCCGUACUUUAUCUGCACUGAAGCCAAUAAUCAGUGUGUUUCCAAGUGUGCUGAUUCUACAUGUCAGAGCGCUUGUCGCUCUGAUCACCCCUGUGGUGCUCAAAAUCCCGUCCGUGUCAAUGUGACUACUAAACCUUCUGCUACUCCCUCUGCGAAGGUUGCGGCGAACACGACCACGUCAGUUGCGCUUGGUACUUCCACUGCAACGGGUGAUGCGACUCGACUUCUGGCUGGGGAUAUAGGGAAUGUGUAUGGGCUUUGUAUGUUGGUGGGCGGGUUCGUUGUGGGUUUUGCUGCUUUAAUGUGA